AUGGCGUCGAGCUCGAGCACCGGGGAGGGACCUCCGCUGGUGACAACGGAAGCCAAGAUGGUUGUGGCCACGGGCCGCGACCAUUGCCAGCAGUUGAAGGAUAUGCUGAGCAAGGAAGAUACUUGGAGCAUGGUAGUGGUGGCGGCCUUAAGCAACCAGACUUCCAUACCCAAUCCUCGCUCAGCGCCCGUGGUCAUGGAUCCCGGGCUGCUUGCGGUGGCCUGCUCUGGCUCGUGGAAGAAACUGCAAUCGUUUCUCAACGGGGAUCCCAGUCCAACCUCCAGCGACGGGAACAUCCGAAUCCGAUGCUGUUGCUGCUCAUGGAAGAAACGGCAAGCGCUUCCUCACCCGGAACCCCGUCCAACCUCCAGCAACGGGACCACCAGAAGCUCAGCUAUCCAGCAACCUUCUCACGACCAAGAAGCACUUCUCCGGCUGUCUUUCUUGGACGGGGUCACCGUUGCCGGCGACACUUUUCUCCAUGUUAUGGCCACCAAUAGCGUCGAGGAAGAUUUGGUCGAAGAUGGCCCUGGCCUCAUCUGCAGCAAGGCAGUACAGCGCCUCUUCGUGCGGAACAACAACGGAGAUACGCCCCUGCACUGUGCGGCACGAGCAGAGAAAUCCCAAAUGGUGACAUUUCUGGUCGAUCUUGCCAGAGGCAACGAUGCCAACACAGUCAAGGCACUUCUGGAGAAACAAAACAAUAGAAGAUGGACAGUCCUGCAUGAGGCUGUCCGUGCUGGGAACAACCAUAUAGUCAAGUUGCUCAUGGAGGCGGACCCAGAAUUGGCCAGUUUUCCGCAAGAUGGUACUUCUCCGUUGUACCUAGCCAUCUUACUAGAAAAUAAAAUCAUCGCCAAAACACUCUACGAGAAGAGCAAAGGGAUUCUUUCAUACUCUGGACCAAAUGGACAAAAUGCACUGCAUGCUGCUGUUCUCCGAGGCAAAGGUACCCUUGUUCACUUCCUUUCAAAUUUCUAA